AUGGCCGACGGAGAAGCGGUGAUUUCGACGGUGAACAAUGUCGAAGAGGUUCAUGGACAAUUGUUCGAAGUCGCUCCGAGAUAUGUCAAUUUGUCAUAUAUCGGAGAGGGAGCUUAUGGAAUGGUCGCUUCGGCACUCGACACCAUCACUCGUGACCGUGUCGCCAUAAAGAAGAUCUCACCAUUCGAACAUCAGACAUUCUGUCAACGGACACUUCGUGAAAUCAAGAUUCUCAAUCGGUUCAAGCACGAGAAUAUCAUCAACAUCCAGGAAAUCAUUCGAUCGGAGAGUGUCGACUCGUUGAAAGACAUCUACAUAGUGCAAUGUCUGAUGGAAACGGAUCUCUACAAACUGCUCAAAACUCAAAAACUCUCAAAUGACCACGUCUGCUAUUUCCUCUAUCAAAUUCUCCGUGGUCUCAAAUACAUUCACUCUGCAAACGUGCUCCAUCGUGAUUUGAAACCAUCGAACUUGUUGCUCAACACGACUUGCGAUCUGAAAAUCUGUGACUUUGGACUGGCUCGUGUCACCGAUCCCCAGACGGAUCACACUGGAUUCUUGACUGAAUACGUGGCAACGAGAUGGUAUCGUGCACCGGAGAUUAUGCUCAAUUCGAAGGGAUACACCAAGUCGAUCGAUGUGUGGAGUGUCGGAUGUAUUCUCGCUGAAAUGUUGAGUAAUCGCCCGUUGUUCCCCGGAAAACACUAUUUGGAUCAGUUGAAUUUGAUAUUGGCAGUCGUCGGAUCACCGUCGAAUGAGGAUUUGCAAUGUAUUAUUAAUGACAAAGCACGCAGCUAUUUGAUCUCUCUUCCACACAAACCAAAGCAGCCAUGGGCUCGUUUGUAUCCGGGAGCCGAUCCACGCGCACUUGAUUUGUUGGAUAAAAUGCUCACUUUCAAUCCACAUAAUCGCAUUGACAUCGAACAAGCGCUCGCGCAUCCAUAUCUCGAACAAUACUACGAUCCAGGAGACGAGCCAGUCUGCGAGGAGCCAUUCACACUCGAAAUGGAAUUUGACGAUCUGCCGAAAGAGAGGCUGAAGGAGUUGAUCUGGGAGGAGGCGGAGUCUCAUCACAAACGAAUGGAAGCAGAGGCGGCUGCAAGGAAUGGUGGUGCACCGUCUGUCUAG